AAGUAGCAACUAUCAUGGAUCAGGCAUUUGCAUUUUAUAUUUUAUGCAGUUCAAUAAUUCAGAAAAUAGGGGGGAAAACGUAUCAAAGAUCAAACAAUACAGAUUGUCCUGAUUUUGAAAUAUAUGUACAUACGGGCUUCACAGCAAAUUGCGUGAAAUGUGCACCAGAUAGCAGUUCAACCAGUUAUGAAUUCUGUCUUCAACAGUGUCUUGAUGUUCUAUCAUGUAGAGCAACAUCCUUUGAUGCAACUAACUCCAAGUGUGAAUAUUUCACAAACCCAUGUUCAAUCAAUGACCAUGGAACAGACUUAGUGGCUGACUCUGGAAAAACAUUGAUAGAACGAUUAUGCUUUGAUGAACAACCAGCAUGUAUACGACAACACACACAAUCAUGUGUCAACUGUAAAGCUGGGAUAUUAUGCCAGACGCAUUUUAACCAAAUCGCACAAAAGAAACCUCUCUCAAUAAAUACUGCAGUUGUGGGAGUAAACAGCAAUAUUGAACAAAUAUGGUACACAAGCAGCGGUUCCAAGUACAUGUAUAUUCAGUGUCCAUACGUGUCACAGGCAAUCGGCGAUACAGUAUACAGAGCUUCGUGUACUCAAGAUUGUCCAAAAUUUGAAAUUCUAACAUUACCUGGGCAUCGUGGAAUAUGUUCUCCAUUGUCUGCCCUCUUUGGCAUCGUGACAUCAGAGUUUUGUCUGAGCAAAUGUCUUGAUAUGGCGACUUGCAGAGGUGUCACCUUUGACAAAAAUAUAAAGAGGUAUUUGAUAGAAUAA